AUGUCCGCUGAAGCCAGGCCCGUCGGUGCCGUUGAAAAGGAAGCCUGUGACAUCGUCCACCUCGAAAAGGAUGCCGGCAGCGCCAAGGUGCUCGCCGAUGGCGAUUCGGGCGAUGAGCAGAUCGUCUUCACCGAGCAGCAGCAGCGCAGCAUCAUGAAGCGCAUCGAUCGCCGCCUCGUCCUCACCGUCGGCGCCCUCUACUGCGUCUCCCUCAUGGACCGCGUCAACAUGAGCGCCGCCAACAUUGCCGGCAUGGCCAAGGAGCUCGAGCUGACCGGAUACCGAUAUGCCAUUGCAAACCUCGUCUUCUUCAUCACAUACAUCGUCUUCCAGCCCCCCUCCACCAUCCUCAUCCGCGGCAUCGGCCCCCGUGUGCACCUCUCCAUCAUCACCUUCCUCUGGGGCGUCGUCACCCUCGGCAUGGGCUUCACCAAGAACCACGAGCAACUCUCCGCCCUCCGCGCCGUCCUCGGCAUCUUCGAGGCCGGCUUCUUCCCCAGUGCCGUGUACCUGCUGAGUACCUGGUACACGCGAUAUGACGUCGGCAAGCGGUACUCUGUCUUUUACAUUGUCGGCUGUCUCGCCGCCGCCUUUUCCGGUAUUCUCUGCUACGGUCUCAUGCAACUCAACGGCCGUGCCGGCCUCACCGGCUGGCGAUGGAUCUUCCUCGUCCAGGGCCUCAUCACCGUCACCCUCGCCACCGCCGCCUACUGGCUCCUCGUCGACUUCCCCGACUCGGACCGCCCGACGUGGAAGUUCCUCACCAAGCCCGAGCUCAAGUGGGUGGUCUCGCGCAUCCAGCAGGACCGCGGCGACUCCGCCAUCUCCAAGUUCGAGAUGAAGAAGUUCUUCGGCAACGCCCUCGACCUCAAGAUCUGGGCCUUUGCCGUGAUCUUCUUCAACACCACCACCAUCACCUACGCGCUCGCCUACACCCUCCCGCUCAUCCUCAUCGGCAACAUGGGCUUCUCCGUCGGCCAGGCGCAGUGCCUCGUCGCGCCGCCGUACGUCUUCGCCGGCUUCGUCAUGUACGCCAGUGCCGUGCUCGGCGACCGCUUCCGCGUCCGCGGGCCGCUGAUCAUCUUCAACAUGCUGCUGUGCCUGGUCGGCCUGCCCAUCAUGGGCUGGGCGCAGAGCUCGGGCGUUCGCUACUUUGGCGUCUUCCUGGUCACAGCGGGCGCCAACUGCAACGUGCCGACCAUCAUGUCCUUCCAGGCCAACAACCUCCGCGGCCAGUGGAAGCGCGCCUUCUGCAGCGCCACGCUGGUCGGCUUCGGCGGCAUCGGCGGCAUCGCGGGGAGUCUCAUCUUCCGCGACCAGGACAAGAAGACGGGCUACAAGCCGGGCAUGUACGCGUGCAUUGCCUGCGCGGCCCUCAACAUCAUCCUCGUCAUUGCUUGCGACUUGGGCUUCAAGUAUGCCAACGACAGGGCGGACAAGGGAGGCAAGGUCCCCGAGAGUCACGAGGAUGACGGUGCGCCGGACUUCCGAUACACUUACUAG